ACGUGUUUCUUUUUCUCCGUCCGAUCUCUUCUCAUCGCUUUUCCCUUUGUGCUUCCUGCAUUCUAAAACACCAUGGAAGAGAAGGUACCAAUGUUCGAAGCCAGCCACGUCGAAGACGGAGACGCCGCCAAUGCCAGCAGCAGCAGCAGCAACAACAACCACGGCUGGCAAAAGGUCACGUACGCCAAGCGCCAGAGGAAGGUUCAGGCCGCCAAGCCGUCGGUUGCCGGCAAGGUUCUGGCCAAUGGAUCUGACGGCGGCGGGGCUGAUAAUGUUUUCCGGUCGCUCGAGAAGCAGUCUGAGGAGCGUCGCAUGCGGCUGGAGGCUCAGAGAGCGGCAAUCGCUUCGCAGGCGGACGAUACGGUGCGAUCGAAGGUGCGAUCCGAUGACGAUAGUGAUGUUAGCGAGGCCGAAGCGGCUGAUGGUGCUGUUCAGAAUGGAGCUUCCGAUGACAAGAAGGUGAAGCCGAAAAAGCCUAAGAAGCCGAAGGUCACGGUCGCCGAAGCCGCAGCGAAGAUCGAUGCGGCUGAUCUGGCGGCUUUUCUUGUUGAAGUAUCGGAAUUGUACGGAUCACAACGGGAUAUCCAGCUGCUGCGAUUCGCAGAUUAUUUUGGCCGUGCAUUUUCUGCUGUGAGCGUCUCCCAGUUUCCAUGGACAAAGUUGUUCAGGGAGUCGACAAUAGCGAAAAUUGCUGAUAUCCCUGUCACCCAUAUUCCAGAAGCUGUUUAUAAAACAUCAGUUGACUGGAUUGGCAAACUAUCUUCUGAGGAACUUCAGUCCUUUGUAAUAUGGUUGUUAGAUAGCAUUAUUGCUGAUUUGGUUAUCCAAGUAAAGGGCUCCAAGAAGAGUGCGCAGCAAACAUCAUCAAAAUCUCAGGUUGCUAUAUUUGCCGUUUUAGCUAUGGUAUUACGACGGAAACCUGAUGUUUUAGUUGGUGUGUUGCCAAAGUUGAGGGAAAAUUCGAAGUACCAAGGAGCUGAUAAGCUGCCAGUCAUUGUAUGGAUGAUGGCUCAGGCUUCUCAAGGAGAUCCGACUGUAGGAUUGUACUCAUGGGCACACCAUCUCUUGCCUCUUCUUGGUGGCAAAUCAAAUUGUAAUCCACAAUCUAGAGAUUUGAUUUUGCAGCUGGUGGAAAGAAUUUUGUCUGGCCCUAAAGCUCGUACAAUUUUGGUGAAUGGUGCUGCCAAAAAAGGGGAGCGCUUGUUGCCACCUUUGGCCUUUGAUUUGGUUAUGCGAUUGACUUUCCCUGCCUCUUCUGCUCGGGUGAAGGCAACUGAAAGGUUUGAGGCCAUAUAUCCCACUCUCAAAGAGGUGGCUCUUGCUGGUCCGGCUGGAAGCAAGGCAAUGAAGCAAGUUUCACAGCAAAUAUUAGCUAAUGCCGUGAAAGCGGCUGGAGAAGGCAACCCUGAGCUGUCAAAGGAAGCAAGAAGCAUUUUUGUCUGGUGCUUAAUACAAAACCCAGAUUGUUACAAGCAGUGGGACAAGAUCUAUGUGGAUAAUUUAGAAACAAGUGUUUCUAUUUUGAGAAAGUUGGCUGAGGAAUGGAAGGAGUUCUCUGGCAAGCAGUCUUCUCUUGAUCCUCUGAGGGAAACUCUGAAGAGUUUCAGGCAAAAGAAUGAGACAGCAUUGGCUGGUGGAGAAGAUGCAGCUCAUCAGUCAAUCUUCAAGGACGCAGACAAGUACUGUAAGUUGUUAUUGGGAAGACUAUCCCGGGGCCAUGGAUGUCUGAAAGGCUUGGCUUUCGUUGCCAUUACCUUAGCCGUUGGUGCUGCUGUCAUGUCCCCGAGCAUCGAGUCCUGGGACUGGAACAAAAUCUCUCUUCUGUUUGCCCAGCAGUCCUUCUAAGCGCAACAACUUGGAGAAGGUUACGGCAGCCAGUGGUGGAACCCUAUCCCUCAAUAGCAACACUUUUUACGGCCAAACUAAUCAAAUUUGCCAAAAGUUAAAAAGGCAGAGAGAAUGAGGUGUCUGUAUGGUUUUUGUGCCAAUACCGAAAUUAGGUCACUAGCUAGACUGGAGAAAGGAUCAAUGCAGAUCUCUUUAGUUGUUUUUAUCUCUACCACUUCCAUUGCCUUUUGACCGUAGUUAUGUUACAUCAUCCGAAGGGAUUUUUGAUGAGAUAUAGCAUCUUUCGUGUCAUAUUUAUAUUUCAAACACUGAUGUGAGAAUAAAUUUCCGAACUGUUUGAAUUACA